CAGAACAUAGGAAUUGUUCAGGAGUUUCGUAAUUUUUUUUAUUAAAAGCGAAUUGUACGUCGCUAAUAAUUUUAGUUCAGUGGCGCUAAGUGUUGUGUACGAAUAUACAAUUUUUCUAUUGCAGUAAAUCGCUGAAAAAACGACUAAUUAAGCAACACUAAGCUAAUUUACAAAUAUCAUCUGCUAAUACGUGAAGUGAAAAAUCUAGAAGGCGAUAAGAAUUAUUCAAACUUACAUAUAAAUAUUUCGAAAUAUACACCUUAAUCCAACAAAUAGGCUAAAGUGGGAAUAAGUAACAAAUCGAUGUGUGCAGUGUUAACCGCAGUUGGUGCUGAGAAUUUUGGCAAUAGCCGCGGAAUACUAGGAGCCAGCGUGCUCUGUUCGAACCCCCACCUCGCACAGAAAGCAUCGCCCAAGUUCCUCUAAAAUCUAACAAAAGACUGCAACACAAUUGGAUGAAGAGUGUUUGCAAUGAGCCGUCUUCUCGAGAAGCCCAACAUAGCGAUGUCCAUUAAGUCGUCGUCAGGUAGUCAAUUGUCCUCAAGUGCUGCAGCCGCCGGUAAUGCCACCGCAUUAAGUGUUAGCACCAGUGAAGUAGCAGUGCAAAGUACAACGGAAACGAUCACAAGUCCAAGCGCAGUCAUCAGUUCGAGUAUAAAUAAUAACGGAACUCACACAAUUUUCGAUGAAGUCUUCAUAAGUUUGGUGUCCGGUUCAGCGGCUGGAGCUUUGGCAAAAACCACUAUUGCCCCUCUGGAUCGCACAAAAAUCAAUUUUCAAAUAAGUAAAAACGUUCCCUACUCAUUUAAAGCGGCGAUCGCUUUUCUUAGGAAUACCUACGAAAAAGAGGGUAUUUUGGCGUUAUGGCGCGGCAAUUCGGCGACCAUGGCGCGUAUUGUGCCUUAUGCAGCCAUACAAUUCACGGCGCACGAGCAGUGGCGAAAGAUUCUGCAAGUCGAUAAGGAUGGUAGCGACACGAAAGGCAGACGUUUUAUAGCCGGUUCAUUGGCGGGCAUAACCUCACAGUCUCUGACUUAUCCGUUAGAUUUGGCACGUGCCCGAAUGGCCGUAACGGACAAGUACACCGGAUACAGAACACUCCGUCAAGUUUUUGUAAAAAUUUGGGUCGAAGAAGGACCGCGCACACUUUACCGAGGCUAUUUCGCGACCGUUUUAGGCGUGAUACCUUAUGCCGGUGUUUCCUUCUUUACCUAUGGCACACUCAAACGAGAAUAUUAUGAGGUAACAGGAAAUGCAAAACCGAAUACUCUAGUCUCGCUUGCAUUUGGCGCUGUAGCCGGUGCGGCAGGUCAAACAUCCAGCUACCCACUGGACAUAGUGCGUCGGCGUAUGCAAACAAUGCGCGUCAAUAAAGGCACCAACAAUCAAUACCGCACUAUAUACUCGACCUUGAAGAAAAUUUAUAAGGAGGAAGGUAUAAAAAAUGGCUUCUACAAAGGGUUGAGCAUGAACUGGAUCAAGGGACCGAUCGCAGUUGGCAUCAGCUUCUCUGCCUACGAUUUAAUUAAGGAGUUGCUUAGGGAAUUAUUCCAUUUAAAACGUGGCCGAUACGAUGCGUAAAUGAUGAAAUUGUUAUUGUUUAUAUUUUAAUGAUAUUUAUAUGUAUUGUUAUGUUAAAUUUUCUUAUUUUUUUACUUGGAAAAAAUACUAAACGGUAUACUAAGGGACGAAAAUUAUUGAAAGUGAAUUUAAAAAAUAUAAAUUAAGCAUUACUGCUAUAUAUAUUACAGAUAAACUGAGUAAACGAGUAACGUUCAAUUAUUUUCUCAAAAUAUUUACAAUGCGCACUUGUGAAUCAACAAACAUAUUUGAAUGUGGGUUUGAAUUUAUUCAGUGCAAUUUGCCACCUAUACCAUCUAUAUGUAAUAUGAUAUGAAUAUGAAUAUGUAACGGUAACCGUUUUAGAAUUUGUGGCGAGCGAAGUUUUGUUCCUUUUUAUAUGUGUUAUUAUAUACAAUAAAUAAAACUAAAAUACGAGUAAUUUAAUGAUUAAAAAUAUAUUAAGCACAAUGCGACAAUAAAUCUUAACUGAUUUUUUCAUAUACAUACAUACAUACAUAAUUAUCUACAAGUUACAUGCAAUCCUUCAGCUACGGAUUGUACCGUACUGCAUAUGUAUGUACAUGUCUGGAUGUAGUGUAUAGUUAAGAAAAAAGUUUUCAGCUGUUUGAAAUUACUUUCGAAAACUGUGUAAUAUAGUGUAGUGUUUUUGAUUUAUAUAAGUACAUACAAACAUAUAUAAGAUAAAAGCUAAUUAUGUUGUACAAAUAGCAACUAACAUUCAAUUGCUUACAUAUACUCCUUGCCGUUUAGUUGUACAACCAGAAUUUACUCGUGUAAAUGCAUAGUAACCGGAUUGUUGAAUUUCGUAGGUCUUUUGGUGGAUUUUCUAUUGUCGAAAAUAUUGAAGAUAUUGUGAAUAAAUAGAAAACUGAAAUGAAA